AUGGUGAUGCUUAUGUUGAAAGUAAUAUUUGUCAAAACAGGGAACGAUGGUUGGGGGUUUGAAGACGUCCUUCCAUAUUUCAAGAAGUCUGAAAACAAUGGAGAUCCCCCCAUCGCUGCCAACAGCAGGUACCACGCGGUGGGAGGUCUCUUGAACGUGCAGAGGCUCCCGUACCAGGACAAGAACGCACAACUUAUCGUCGAGGCAUUCCGGGAGCUCGGCUACACGAGUGUCGAUAUCAAUGGCGGCACCCAAACCGGGGUCACAUUGCUGCAGUUUACUCAAAAGGAUGGAAGUCGAAUGAGCACUAACAGAGCCUUCAUCGAGCCUUUCCGCGAUGGCAGAAAGAAUCUUAAAGUUGUAACGAACGUUAGAGUUACAAAGGUCCUUAUUGACCCAAACAAGAAAACGGCUUAUGGGGUGGAAUAUGCAUGGGAGAAGCACAGACAUAUCAGAGGUAAAGUUUAUGCUAAUAAGGAAGUCAUAGUUAGUAGUGGAGCACUAAAAUCGCCACAAGUGCUCAUGCUCUCUGGAAUUGGUCCUCGAAGCAUCCUUAGUGCAGCAGGUAUUGACGUCAUUGAGGAUCUACAAGUUGGUCAGAACUUACAGGAUCACGUUUCAAUGCCAGGAAUUGUAUUCAAACUGGGGGAGAAACAGCAGACCCUGUCAAGCAACCAGAAAGUACUGAGAGACAUUCUUGAGUAUGCACGUCAUCAUAAAGGGCCACUUUCCGGGACAGGUUCCCUCGAAGCGUCUGGUUAUAUAAAGUCUCGAUAUGCUGAUCAAGCUAUCGAUUAUCCUGAUAUCGAAUAUACUUUGCUACCACAAGUAGUGAUUAACACCAGCUUAGGUGAAAUACGCUUCACCACUCCAUUUCCUGAAUAUAAUCGGAUUAUGUUCAAGCCUACCGUUAUGUUAGCAAAAAGCAUCGGGUAUGUCACUGUCCAGAAUAAAGAUCCUUUUCUCCAGCCUAUUAUAGUUCCAAAUUGUUUCGCAAAUAUUAAAGAUUUGAAUGCAUUUAUUGACGGCUGUAAUUUUGUAGCCAAGAAUUUGUCCAACACAAAAGUGUUUAAGGAUGUGGGUGUGUCUUUAGACACAACGCCUUUGCCGAACUGUUGCCACGUAGAAUUUGGCACCAACGACUACUGGGCUUGUCUGGCAAGGAAAUAUACAUAUACAGGUUUCCAUUAUAGUGGAACUUGUAAGAUGGGCCCCGACAGUGACCUAGCAGCUGUUUUGGACGCUCAGUUAAGGGUGCGUGGGGUUCAGCACUUGCGUGUUAUUGACGCAUCCAUUAUUCCCACAUUAGGAAACUCGAACACUAAUGCUCCAGUAAUAAUGAUAGCGGAGAAGGCGUCGGACAUGAUCAAAGAAGCUUGGAAAUGA